AUGGACGCCUCAGAAGGAACAAUCGAGAAGAUCCAACAUUUUGCGCAGAAGCGCCAAAAAGCCGAGGAAUUUUACAAAGAAGAGCUGACAAGCCCAGCUGCGUUCGAGCUCUACAAUAGGACACUCGAUGACACCCUUAAGGAGUUGCAGGGCCAAGUCAAACGCCACGAAGAUGAGCUGCGCAAGCUUCGCAUGUCGAAGUCAAUUGAUUUCUCACAAAUGGAGGCAGAUCCUUGGACUCGUGUCUCUCAAGUGCGUAGAGCCAAGAAAGCUUACGAUACUCUUGUCAAAUCUGAAAUGCGCUUGCCAAGUCCUGGGUCACCUUUGCCCUCACUCCUUGCACUUGAUGCGACAUCUCGCCUUGUCAAGGAAAGCAAGACUUCCAUUGUGAUGACGGCAGAGAAACUCUCCGCGGAUCGUCAGCGCCUGAAGAUGGAAGAAGCCAGCAUGCGAGACGCGCAACUGAUCAGAGACGGGUUGGAGAAGAGGAUUGGAAAACUGAGCGAAGAAAAGUCCACUAAAGUGCAGAAAACCCCAGCACAGCUUGCGCAUGGUCUUGUCACUGAAGAGAAAGAGAAAAUCAAGAAAUUGGACGCUGCCACGCAAAACCUCAAGAUAUCACUUUAUAAAUUCGUUGAUGAUAGACUUGCGUCAAUGCUUGCUGCAGAGGAUCUAGGCGGUCCCACCGUUGGCGAUGAACUGGAAAUCUCCGAUGAGACGCUGAAAGCGGGCUACACAAGUCAUGGAAAGCCCAAGAGACCGAAGACAACCUCGGAAGGGGAUUUGAGCGGCAACCAGCAACGGAUUGAUGACUUUAUUCGUCGUCAAAAUUCUCAAAGUGGCAGUCAGCAGGUGGCCUCUGCCAACAAAAGGGAGGCAGCUGCAGCCGAGAUGCGUUCUCUUCUUGAUGCUUUGCUGGAAGCAAAUUUCUCUUACAUUGAACUUCCGCGUGAGUCAGCGGCAUCAAGGCUCCUAGUAAGAGCCAAAGUUGCCCAGUUUCACCCGCGUGAUGCUAGAAAGUUACGACUGGUUGAUUUUGGACGUUCAUUGAUUGAUUAA